AGCGGCCAGAAAGGGAGGCGGGAACCAACCCGAGCUGUGGCGCAGCAGGAAUUCCCGCUCCGGCGCGACCUGAGGGAGGCGCCAAGAGGAGGGCGGGAUCCGGGCCGUUGCGAGGAGGAGGGCGGCGGCGGCGGCGGCAGCAGGGGAAGGUUAUGCCCGUGUUUAUUUUUAUUCGGGCGCCUCAUCCUUUCUGGCCGUCCGUGAGGAGGGGGGGCGGCGGCGGCCCCCGCGGUCUCUCCCUGGCACGGCCCCAGCGGCCUUCGUCAGGCAGCCCAUAAAGGGCCGAGGAUGCAGCUCUACAGCACCGUCGUCACCCACUACCCAGCAGCGACAGCCUCGGCGGCCAGCAGCGCCUCGGCCAGCGGCCCGGGCGUCGUCUUCAAAGUCUCCCCGGCUCCGGACCCCGCGGGUCAAAGCCCGGUGGGCGUCGAAGGCGACGCGGGUGGCGGAGGAGGAACUUCGACCGGCGCCAUGCCUGCCUUCUCCUGCCUGGAGCUGCUGCCUCCGUCGGGGCCCGUGCAGAGGAAGCCGCCGCCGCCAUGCUACGGCUCCGGCGCUCCGAUGAGCCGCCGCCGGCCCUUGGAGAGGGUCGUUCCCAUCCGCUUAGUGCAGCGCUCGGAGGCCGCGGUCGUGGCCGGCGAGCUGGGCCCGGGCCCGGCGCUUCCUCAAGCGCACCCGUGGCUGCUGCUGGAGAGCCACGGAGGAGGCUUGGUGGCCGCCCAGCGCCCGGAGGAGCCCAGCAACCGCGGCCUGCGCUUCAACGAGCAUUGCCAGGCCUUGCAAGCGGCCACGGCCGUCUCCGCGGAGCCUCCGCCGGCCGGCGGGGGCGAACCUGAACUGGAGGCCGCGGAGGAGGAGGAGGCCUCGGGGCGCCCCGCGGAGCGCAGCGAGAAGCUGGCCCUGUACUUGGCCGAGGUGGAGAAGCAGGACAAGUACUUGCGCCACAAGGGCCGCUUCCGCUUCCACAUCAUCCCCGACGGCAACUGCCUGUACCGCGCCGUCUGCAAGGCGGUCAACGGCGACCAGCGCCUCCACGGCGAGCUGCGCGAACAGACGGUGCACUACAUCGCCGACCACCUGGACCACUUCAGCCCCAUCAUCGAAGGCGACGUGGGCGAGUUCCUGGUCAACGCCGCCCAGGACGGCGCCUGGGCCGGCUACCCGGAGCUCCUGGCCAUGGGGCAGAUGCUGGACGUCAACAUCCACCUCACCACGGGCGGCAGGCCCGAGAGCCCCACCGUCUCCACCAUGGUCCACUACCUGGGGCCCGAGGACCCGAACCGGCGCAGCAUCUGGCUGAGCUGGCUCAGCAACGGGCAUUACGACGCCGUGCUGGACCGCCAGUGCCCCAACCCGGAGUACGAGGAGUGGUGCAGGCAGACUCAGGUGCAGCGCAGGAGGGACGAGGAGCUGGCUCGGUCCAUGGCGGUCUCUUUGUCUAAGAUGUACAUAGAACAGAAUGGCUGCUCCUGAAGUGGGACCCCUCCGCUGCCGCCGCCGCUGUGGGGGGUCUGGUGCCUUACUUGUUCUCCGCGCAACCUGCCCUGCAAGAACUCAAGGGGAACAAUGACUGAGAUUUGUAACAGAGCACUUGUACAUAGGGACACAUCCUGGUUCAUUGGUCAUUCGGUUCCUUUUGUAUGUUUGUUUCUUCUCUUUCCAGCAUCUUUUUUUCUAUAAGGGGGGUUUCUUUUCUUUGCACAAUGUUUUUUUUUCUUUUUUGAACUUGUUACCUCCGUCUCUUACAUCCUUCUUUGGCACCUGGCUUUUCCAGACUGCUGCCAGGAAUAAGUGGAUAAGGGAGUUACUGGUUUUUGUGCUGAUAUGGCUUGUGGCCUAACAUUUUUUUUCUUUUUGCUGCAACUUGAAACCUAACAUCUUAAUUUUUUCAAACAAAAAAAUUUAAAAAAAUGUGUGGUAGCUCACUGUUUCCCUCAUUUGUCUGAGUAAAAGAAGUAAAUUUCAGCUGUUGUGUUUGUCUUUUGAUUUAAAAUAGGCAGUUAACUUUGAAGUGGUUACUUCGAAGAUGCAUUCACCACUCUGCAGAUCAGGAUUUCUUCAGAUGCUCUCACGACAUAGCUGCUUCAAAGAUGGUACAGAAAGCAAUUCUGUGUGCAGUUACUAUCUAGAAUAAGCUAGCUUUUCACUUCAUCAACUGGGUGGUGCCAUUUCCCCCUUAAGUAUUGGCUUACAAAACAGAGUCUGAUUGAGAAUGUUAUGACAUAAUGAAAUAGCUAUUUAAGAAAAGCCUUGAUGUGUGGUCUUUUUUCCCUCCUGUUAAUGGAUAUACAUGAUCCAGGCCUGCAUUCUGUGAUUUAUCUUAUCACACACUAUUUCUAAUCACUAAUAAUGGGCUUACUCUGGUAUUAUGUAAAAAUGUAUUUAUACUAAGGGUUUGUAUGGUUUGCUGGGUCAAACGUUCCAAGUUUCUGAGGUAAAUACUACCUACCCUCUUUAAUUUCCAGUUAAAUUGAAAUUGCUAGAUAUAUUUAUUAAGUAAUGGAGUUUGUACUUUUUUAUUUUGUGAUCUUUUUGAAUUUAUACUGUAUUUGUAUAAAAGGAAUAUUCUUAGCUAUUCUGAAAUAAAUGUAUAGUUUUGCUUGAAUUUUAA